AUGCAGCGCCAGGCCGUCGACAUGAUACCGUUUGUCCACUUUGGACUGCAAAAAAUGCGCAAAAUAAGCGACGAAGCAGAUCAGACGUCGCGUUUCCAGUCUCUGAUUGUGGUUCACUCAACACAAGAUCCCGGAAAGCACCCGAACGCAAUCUUCGCAGCCAAUUCCGACAGCAUCCGUGCAACUGGCUUUCCUUGCGACAAUUAUGCCAUGGUAAUCGAUUGCCGGAUUAAGCCGCAAGGGCUCCAGUGUCAGAUGGGCUUCAAUUCUUCCAUUUUCCAUGAGAAAGAGGCACAGAGGAUGCUGGAGCAAUUUGGCCACAUCGUGCAGUUGUUAAGCUCACCAACCAACGCCACCACCAGGGUCUGUGAGCUGGACUUGGCAAGCCCGCAAGACUUGCAGGAAAUUUGGAGCUGGAACGCAGCUGUUCCUGCACCAAUUUACCGCACUGUGCAUAGUGUCAUUUCAGAGACAACUUCCCGGCAACCGGACUCACCGGCCGUCCGCGCGUGGGACGGCGAUCUGACGUACGCCGAGCUGGGAGAACUUUCGACACAACUAGCCUAUUGUAUAAUUGAACUUGGGGUUAAGCCGGGAUCUAUUAUACCAUUGUGCUUUGGAAAGUCCAUGUGGACACCAGUGGCCAUGUUGGCAGUAAUGAAGGCCGGCUGCGCCUGUGUUGCUCUGGACAUUACACAUCCGCUUCUUCGAUUACGAACAAUUGUCGACAAAUACGACCGAAAACUUAUUCUCUGCUCGCAAAAGCACGAGUCCCUGGCAAGGUCUCUGGAUUUCGGCGCCGUGUUCAUCGUUGACACUGGUCACAUGGCUCAGAAAAUGGCCGUCGCCACGGAGCUGCCGCAGGUGUCCCCUUCACAGACGGUCUUCAUCACAUACACCUCGGGAAGUACCGGCAGUCCAAAGGGCGCAUGCAUCUCCCACGCCAAUGUAUGCGCCGCUUCACACUACCAAGGGUUUCGCCUCGGCUUUCGCACCACAUCUCGCGUGCUGGAUUUUGCACCCUACAGCUUUGACGUCGCUUGGUCCAACGUCCUUCACACCCUCUGCUCCGGCGGUUGCCUUUGUGUUGCAUCCACGGAAGAAAUGAUGGAUGACAUUGAUGAGACUCUUUCCAAGCUUCGCGUCAACUUGAUCAAUAUUACGCCGAGUGCACUCCGGGCCCUCACGCCGGACCAUUCUCCGCUUGAAACUAUUCUCCUUAGCGGCGAACGACCAAAUAGCAAUGUGGUGUCCCAGUGGCUGGACAAAGUUUGCAUCAAAAACACAUAUGGUCCUGCGGAAUGCACAUUCAAGAGUGCUUUUGCCACCAUCUCAUCCAAAAACCUGCAAAACCCCGACAUUGGAAGACCUCUUGGUGUUUGUGGCUGGAUUGUCCUCCCGGGGCGAGAACAUCUCCUCGCCCCAAUCGGCCAAGUUGGUGAGCUUCUCAUUGAAGGGCCCCUCGUUGGCCAAGGAUACCUAGACGAAGCGGAAAAAACGUCGGCUGCAUUCAUCCAAGACCCGCCCUGGCUGCUGCGGGGAGCCCCGGGUGUGCUUGGCCGCCACGGACGACUGUACAAAACAGGCGACCUGAUGCGGCACAACGUCGAUGGAACGCUGCAGUUCAUCGGGCGCAAGGAUGCGCAGGUCAAGAUUCGCGGGCAGCGUGUAGAGCUCGGUGAGGUCGAGCACCAUGUGCAAAGAUACCUCGGCAUCACAGCGGCGGCGAACCCACCCUUCGCCGCAGAGCUUAUUACGCCUCGUGGAUCGCAAAAUGCCAUGCUUGUCGUGUUUUUUGCGGUGCCGCGGACGGAAAGCGACCGCAGCUCGGAGGCGGCUGUUGCGGAGCUAACGGCAGGACUCAAUGACGAGCUUGCCAAAGUGCUGCCUAGCUACAUGAUUCCAGGCUCGUAUGUUCCAAUUGAUGAGUUGCCCAUGACAGGAACUGGCAAGAUAAAUCGCCGAAGUCUUUGUGAUAUUGGCUCGACGCUGUCUCGGGAGCAAUUACUGGCGGCCUCAAUUUAG